AUGGGCAAAGUCGUUGCUGCCGUGGGAUUGUCCCACGCUCCCGGCGCUCUCGCCUUUCCUGAGACAGCACAACCUGAUGCCCGGCAGCGGACUGAAGAUGCCACCCGCUCACUAGGCAUUUCACUUGAGUCUUCCCAACCCGACGUGAUUGUCGCAUUCCUAGACGACCAUUUUGAGAAUUUCUACCGCAACCUCUGCCCCUCGAUUGUCAUGGGCAUCGCCGACGAGCACGUCGGACCAGCUGACCAGUGGAUGGAGACUCUACGCAUCAACAAGAAGACCGUCUUCCCUGGCGCGCCCGACGUCGCCGAGAAGCUGCUUGGUUCUCUGGUCGCGCAAGGCUUCGACGUUGCCCGCGCUGGCGCCUGCGAAUAUGGCAACAACCUCCUCAUGCCGUGGAAGUUGAUGGGCGUCGAGCAAUCUAUGGCCGGCGUGCCCAUCAUUCCCGUCUUUAUCAAUGUCUUUACGCCGCCACUCAUCCCUUACAAACGCGCAUAUGACCUUGGCGAGGCCGUCCGGCACGGCAUCGAGACUGCAUGGCCCGCAGAUACCAAAGUCGGAUUGAUUUGUACCGGCGGUCUAUCACACUGGCCGCCCUACUGGAGCCCAGUGCAGGGAGGUGACCCACCAUCAGAUCCUUUCCUGCAGCGCAUCAAGCGCUUUCAAACCGAAGGCAAAGCCUAUCUCAAAGAAGAUCCCCGGCUGUUUAUCGAUUUUGACGACUACGAGGUCGAGAUGGCGAAGAAGAACGAAUACCCUCUGAACUCAAAACACCCAUUGGUCAACUGGGAUUGGGAUCGUUUGUUCUUGGACAAGUUCUCGUCCGGUGACAUCGAGUGGAUGAAGAAGCUUACGUACGAUGAGGUGGAGGAAGAGGCUGGCCACGGUGGUCACGAGGUUUUGAACUGGGUUGCUAUGUUGGGCUGCAUGAAAGGUGCGAAGAGCAAGAUGUUGUUGUAUGAACCUGUCGUUGAGUGGAUUUGUGGCAUGGCUUAUCAAGACUUUUUGGUCACCGAGAAGUUGAACUAA